AUGGCCGCCAUCAAAGCGCUGCAGCAGUGGUGCCGGCAGCAGUGCGAGGGCUACCGGGACGUGAGCAUCGCCAACAUGACCACGUCGUUCCGGGACGGCCUGGCCUUCUGUGCCAUCCUGCAUCGCCACCGGCCUGACCUCAUAGACUUUGAUGCUCUCAGGAAGGAAAAUGUCUAUGAAAACAACAAGCUGGCUUUCCGUGUGGCUGAGGAACAGCUGGGCAUCCCGGCCUUGCUGGACGCCGAGGACAUGGUGGCCCUCAAGGUGCCCGACAGGCUGAGCAUCCUCACCUACGUGUCGCAGUACUACAACUACUUCCACGGGCGCUCCCCCAUUGGAGGCAUGGCCGGCAUAAAGAGGCCCCUGUCAGACUCCACGGUGGAACCGUCUGGGAAGAAAGCCCUAACCCCCCAGCUGCCCUCGCCCAGCCCAGCCCGGGGCCCGCCACUGUCCCCAGCCAGGACCAACCCCAUGGUCCAGGGAAGGGCGGCGGCGGCACGGGACACUCCACCAAAGCCUGGCUCGGCCCCUGCUGGAGGCUCUGUCAGCAGCACCUGCGUGGCGUGCGGCAGGCAUGUGCACCUCGUGCAGCGACACCUGGUGGACGGCAAGCUCUACCACCGGAACUGCUUCAGGUGUAAGGAGUGCUCCGGUACGUUGCACUCAGGUGCCUACCGGGCGACGGGGCAGCCAGGUGUCUUCGUCUGCACCAGCCACCACCCUGUCUCUGCCGGCCCCACGCCGCCAGGCCUGGCCCACAAACAGUCAGGGUCUGCCCCCGUGGACUCCAGGCCCCUCGGCACCCCACAGAAGGCCCAGGAGGGUAACAGGCCGCGAGAGGCAGGCCUGGAGGCCAGGCAGCCAGCCCGGGAGCCUACGGUGGGCUGCUCAGAAGCCCGAAGUUCCGGUCCGUCAGCACCCGACCCUCCUGCCACCGCUGCUGCCUCCUCUCAUGUUCAUGGAGGGAGCCCUGCCACGCCCCAGCUCCCCAUGGGACCUGUGGCCACCAGACCCCCAUUCAAGGCCAGCACACAAGUGACCAACAGUUCACCAAUGGGGUGGCCCCCUCUGGCACAGGGUACAGUGACAGCCAAGCCUCAACCUGUGUGGCCCCUGCGAGCCCGGGACCCCCGCCCAGCUGUGCCACAGGUCCAGGUGGCCCCUCGGACAACAGCUCCUCCGACCAAACCCAACCGGAGCCCAGUGUCUCCGGGCCCCAUGGACCCUCCAGCCUGGACGCCCUCGGCCUCCAGGACCCAGCAGGCCCGGGAGAGGUUCUUUCAGGUCCCGAGCAACAGCCCGGCCAGCCGGGCGCCGGGCAGGGUGGCUCCAGUGGACACACCUGCAGGGGACAGCAGCCGGGAGCAGGCACUCAGCUUCCUCAGGGAGGCCCUUCCGCGGCUCGUGGAGGCGCCCGGCAGGAAGAGCCCAGUAGCCACCCUGAGGAGCAGCAGGGCUGACGUGGGCUCCAGCGUGAAGCCCCAGGAGCCCCUGGCUGUGAAGGGUCCGAGCGCCAGCCCCCAGGAGGGCCCGGCGGGGUGGAGGGCCCGCCUGAAACCUGUGGAGAAGGGCAGCCCCGCUGAGAGGUCUGUGGAGCGGAAGGGGCCCCAGGCCCCCAAAGAGUUGAAGGUGGGGGAUGCACCCAAGGUGGUGUCAGGGAGCUCCGAGGGGGGUGUCUGCAUCACACUGACCCUCGUGCAGCCUGACAGGACCUCUGGACCCAAUGUCUCAGCCGCAUCCCCCUCCCCGUCCCCCCGCAGGAGGCUGGUUGUCCCUGCCAGCCUGGACGUGAGUGGGGCCUGGCUGUUACCCGAGCCCUCGAAGCAGGAAGCCCCGACCCCCAGCCGGAAGGAGGCAGAAGCCCACCCUCGGGACAAGCCAGGGAGACCCCUGGGUCCGGCCGGCAUCCCUGCCCCGUCCCGCAAGGCCUCGUUGAGGCCUCCCCCAGAGCACGUGCCCCAGGAGGAGAUCCAGCGGCAGGUGCAGGGCAUCGAGAAGCAGCUGGACGCACUGGAGCUCAGGGGCGUGGAGCUGGAGCAGCAGCUGCGGGCGGCCGAGGGAGAUGCCUCCGAAGACAGGCUCAUGGUGGCCUGGUUCCAGCUCAUCCAUGAGAAGCAGCUGCUGCUGAGGCAGGAGUCAGAGCUGAUGUACAAGUCCAAGGACCAGCGCCUGGAACAGCAGCAGCUAGGCCUGGAGGAGGAGUUGCGGCGACUGAUGAACAAGCCUGAGGCCCUGAAGUCGCCCCGGGACCGGGAGCGGGAGGACAAGCUGCUGAACCAGUACGUGAGCACGGUGAACGACCGAAGUGACAUUAUCGACUUCCUGGACGAGGACCGGCUCAGGGAACAAGAGGAGGACCAGAUGCUGCAGGACAUGAUCCAAAAACUGGGGAGCCAGAGGAAGAAGUCCAGGUUCCGGUUGUCCAGUAUCUGGGCCCCAAGGAGCAAAGGCACCCCGGAUCCCGCACAGAUGUGCUCGGUGGCCAGGGGCCCAGCACUGACCAGCUGGGCUUUGCCUGGUCACAACGGCGUGGGCAUUGGGCGUUUCCCAGCCUGGCUGCACUCCCAGGAGAUGGAGGGCUGUGGCAAACUGAAGUGCAGGCUGCGUGUCCCCAGCCACUGA